ACUUGUUUAUGUUUAAUAUUAAGGAAGUAUGAAAUUUUUUUAUCUUAAAUUUUGUUUAAAAUUUUGUUUGUCAAAUAUUAAAAUUCUAUGAACUCCAAAAAGUUUUGAUGCUGUUACACCAGGGCAUAAAGAAAUGUACAGAUUUGGGUUAUUACUGUUUUUAUACACUGCAACUCUUGUUAAUGGAAGAGAAAUAUUUAAAACUGAAUCCGAUUAUGUAUCAAGCGAAAAGGAAUCAUCAAUAAUAUACUAUAAAACUCUAUACCACAAGUUUGGUGAACAAAAAUGCAAAUUACCAGAUAAAUGCAUUGUCAGUUUAUCCUCAUCUCUUAACCAAAAAAAAUGCGGAAACAAAAAGUGUUUUUCAGAUUAUCAUAAAGCUAGAAUCAUAAAAAAUGAUUAUUGUAUUGAAGAAAGGAAAAACGACGUUUUUCAAGCAAGGAAAUGGUAUAAUAUCAAUGAUGGAAGUUUAACUUCACGUAGUGAAUUUCCCUUUAAAGAUAUUCCAUUCUUAAAUCAAAGCUUGAAAGAUCUUUAUUUUUUUACCGCUGUUAAUCCUAUCGAGUCUUCUUGGUUGAUGCUUAUUCAAUUGUGGAGAGGUGGUAUAUUAACGCCGGCAACAGAUAUAAUAAAAAAUUUUUUUUUAAAAACUAAUCUUCAUAAUGUUGAAACAUACAGACAAUUAAAAGUUGCAUAUGAAGAUGCCAUUAGAUCUUUAAACACUCCUCAAUACUUUGACAAACCUAGUCUUUAUCCACAAACAUUUACUGAUUCAAGUGUUAAUCAACUUUGGAAAUCAAACGAUAUAUUUGCUCAAAGAAGAUUGGCUGGAGCUUGUCCCUUUCAUCUUAGAAAAGUUACAAAUUUAGGUCACACUGGUUUUCCCGAAAAAUCUUUAUUUAAAUUGUUGAAUAAGAACUAUGAUUUUGAUGAUUUAAUUAAUCGUGCUAGUAGAGGUUCCGUUAAAUCAAUAUCUCAGGCAAUAAAGGAUGGCGUUUUAUUUAUUUUAUACCAUGAGUUGUACAAUGAUAUCCUCACCCCAUCUGCUAUAUUAGGCAAAGAUUGGAAUGCUAACCGAACCGUAAUGAAUAACACAUCUCCAAUCACCUUAUUUGUCUUGGUAAAUGGAGAAUUUAAAGUUGCUGCAAUACAAAUAGAUUACAAACCAACUUCUGCAGUUUAUUCUCCUUCAUCCCCAGAAGAUCAAUGGCUUUUAGCUCGUGCAAUGGCAGAAAUGACUGAUCAAGAUGUCUGUGAUGCUAAAUUUCAUUUAGGGUUUCUACAUUUACAUGCUUCUAUUUUUUGUUUAUCUUUCAGAAGGCAUCUAAGUACCCAGCAUCCACUUUUUGAUUUAUUUAAGUGGCACUGCUAUGGUACUAUUCCUUCAUACAGCCUGAGCUACCCAAGUCUCUUUUCAGACAAGUUGGUAGCUUCUGCAAUGGGUGGUAAAGGAUUUUCAAAGCUAUCUAAAAUUGGUUUUGAUGAAGCUUAUUACGGUCAGUAUGAUCUUGAACACCAUUUAAAGAGACAAGGUUUAGAUGACAUAAGAAUAAAAUAUUAUCCCUACCGCGAUGACACACGUGUUAUUAGCAAAGAGCUUUUAAGUUUUAGCAAAAAAGUUGUGAACCUUUAUUACAAACAUAAUGAUGAUGUAAUAUACGACGAAGAAUUGCAAAAUUUUGCAAAUGAGUUGUCUAUUGAAGGCAAAGUAAAACCAGAUGGUGGGAUAGGAAAGGUUAAAGGUUUUCCGUCAUUUUUCAAAAAUAAGGUUGAAUUGACAAACUUUCUUCACCAGUUCCUAUGGUUUAAUAUACUACAUAGUGUAUCAAACUACGCUAAUGGCCAUUCCUUUAUACCAGCUAAACCUACAAUAUUGUAUCAUGACAGCGAGUUUAAAAACAACUUCCCCUAUAAUUUGCCAGAUCUUGAUGCGGCUGUUGAAGCAAUUCAACUAUCUGUAUCUUUGGACAGCUUCAGAGCUAAUCGUUUGAUGGAUUAUUCAGAUAAAGUUCAAGAUAAAAGGUUCAAAAAACUUGUCCAACAAACUUAUUGUGUGCUUAACAGCAAAGUACAGAAAACAUUAGAACAAAAUAAUGCUGAACGGAGAGCUGCAGGCCAACUUACAUUUCAAUAUGUAGAACCAAAAUGGCUGACUAACAGCAUUCAUGUUUAAUUCUUCAUAGUUGUAAAUAAAUUUUUUUUGUAUCUAAAGAAAGAUUGUUGAAUUUUCAAA